AAGCAAAAACAAACGUCAUAGUUAGGAAGCGGCAACGAGUAGAGCUCACAUUCGAGGAGCCCGAAACCCCCCCAAAGAUUUGUUAUUUUGUUUAUUCGAAUUUAUAAAAGAAACCUGUGUAUAUCUAUUGUUAAAGUAGCCGUAAGAUUUUUAUCUGCAGUUUUUCCCAUCGAAGGAUCCCAGUCUGUUGUAACGAUGCCGAGAGGAGGGAAAAAGGGCCACAAAGGUAGGAGCAAGCAAUUUAGCAAUCCUGAGGAGAUUGAGCGACAGAUGCGCGCGCAGAGGGAGCUGGAGGAAAACGGCGAUGUAGCGCGUGAUAGCGCAUCUGAAUCCGAGGAGGAAAGCAGUAGUGAAGAUGAGAAAAGUCAAAAGAGAAAUGGAGUACAAGGUUUGAUCGAAAUUGAGAACCCCAACCGCGUCUCCCAGAAGAGCAAGAAAGCCGCAGAAGUCGACAUCGAUGCACCCAGAGAGCUCACACGCAAAGAAAGGGAGGAAAUUGAGAAGCAGAAAGCUAAGGAGCGCUACAUGAAGCUGCACCUGGAAGGAAAGACGGAUCAGGCCAGAGCAGACCUCGCCAGACUGGCUAUUAUUAAAAAACAGAGAGAAGAUGCAGCAAAGAAGAGAGAGGAACAGAGGAAAGAAAAAGAGGCACAGGAGGCGAAGUCCAAACGUUAAAUCUCGUCCCCAUUCUGAGGACUUGGUUAAUGGGGGUGGGAGGGAAGGGACCAAAUUAAUUAGGGAGACAGCUCAGGGGUAUCCAGACACUGUCCUUUCAUCCUUGACAGGCAGCAGUUUGGACAUGCGGAGUCACAUCAUAAAAAAAGUGGGGGUUAAAGACAUGAAGUCACGGGUUUGCUUAUUGGUUUCUAAAACAGGAAGCGAUCAGCAAGACCACAACGUCCUCAUGUCCUUUCCCCCCAUAUCACAGAUGUGUUCUCGUCCUACAGCUGCAGGAGUUUACUCUUAAAUUUGUUUUUUUGGUAUGUUUUAAUAAAGCUUUGAUUGGGUUGUUUCCCAGGCCUGGGUUCUUAUGGACGUCAUCUGGCAUGUUCCUAGAAAGUAGAAUAGAAUACUGAAUGGAGAAACACUAGCAAACUUGUAAAACACCACCUUAUUGCCAUUCUUACUUAAUUGCUGUAUUUCUUGUUUUUUGUUUUGUUUUCUCUGUGGAUAAGGUGUACAUAAUAACCACCCAUUGUAUCGAAAUGUUUGGUGGCCUUUUUUAUUUUUUUGGCAUGUUUGCAAAAUAUAACAAGCUUAUAACAAAUUACAGUAAUGCACCAUUUAUAAAACAAUUGAUCUAUUACAUUUGAGUGGAAUGUCAGCAGUAUUUAUAUGCAUUCCUAAUCAUGCAAACAGGAUGUAUGUUAUAAUCAGAGGUUUUUAAUGUCGCCACCCCCCUUUUUUCUCUCGUGCUUACAUCUUUCUGUAAAUGGCCUUUUUUUCCUCAAGACCAACUCAUGAACUUACCUCUUGUAUAUUAGCCCUUGUUCAAACCAGGUAUUGGGAUCAGAAGUAGACAGACGGUUCAGCAUGUAUUUUAAAUGCAUUUUCAGUAAACACUCAUGAGUUAUGGCCAUGACACAGUAGAUUAGGUGCUUUUAAUUUAGUUCACACUACAAGUGUUAUGGUCAUAUGUGCCAUAAGUGGUUUCAGGGAUUUCAAUGCAUGACUUAAAAUGUGUAUGAACAUGUUUACACCUGUUCCUCAUGUGUUCCCCUUGUGAUAAGAUCCCUCAGGGUGGAUGCUAAUAUCGAGUCUGAACAGGGUCUUCUAUGCUUCAGCAUGUUGGUGGUACUUGAAUUGCCUUGAUUAUUAGGGGAAGCAAUAUACUAGUGUUGGAAAUGAAACAUUCAGCUCCGCUUGUAAAGAAGUAUAAUUUCAAAAGUGUUUAAAAGAUUUGUAAAGUGUUCUCCUUGGCUGAAAGAUUUACACACAUUAUUAAUAGGAGUUAACUGGAUGUUUAUUCCGACUUGAUUUUGUGGUAUUGAAAUAAAAUCAUUAAUCAUU